AUGUCAGCUCUAUCGCCUGCUCAAAGGCAACAAGCCAUUGGGUUAUACAAACGUAUUCUUCGAACAGCUCGUCAAACAUUUGCCGGAGAUUUGGCAACUGCAUCAGCAUGGCGUAAAAUGGUACGAAAUGAAUUCGUUGAAUCAAAAUCUGAAACAGAUUCUGAAAAGAUUGAUCAAAGUUUCACAAAAUGGGAAGAUGUGAUUAAGGUACUACAACAAAAUGUCGUUCAAGGAGAAUUGAACGAUAAAAAAUCCGCUUUUCAACUUAAAUUUCGACCUGAAACAGAAUUAGGAUCGAAUGAGAGCAUCAAAGCUUCCAGAGAGAAACAAAUGGAAGAGUUACGAGCAAACAAAGGAAAGCUAGCUUGCGGAGGCGGAGGCGGAACAUUUUCUACAAGUGCAAUUCUAGCUGCAAAAAAUAUCGAAAAGUCCAAAGACUCCAAACCAUCUGAAGAAUUAUGGGCUAAUAGCACAAUUCCAAGACCAGUACCUCAUUUUGGAACAUUGACAGUAUUGUCUGACGGUUCAACCAUUCAAUUGCAUACAACAUCACCUCGUGGAGUUACUCGUCUAACGCGUGAUCCAACAAAUCAUCCUUUAUGGAAUCCCAAAUCCGAUGCUCGUGGUGCGGGUGACGAAGAUGAAAGUGGAAGGAUGGCACGAUUCCGUAGAAAAUUCGGUGGAGCGGAGGAAUCAGCAGCUACAGAGGCUACAACAACAUCGUCACCUCAAAAAGCAGCAUCUCCUUCACGAGGUGGAUUCAGCGAAGAUGACUUUGAAUGGAUGAGUGUUGGAGGUCGUGAAGCAAAAGGCAAGGCACAACAACCUGCCAAGAAAGGUGCUGUCGGUAAGGGCAAAGGAAAGAAGUAA